AUGGCAACCUUAUUAGAUAAAAAGCUAUCCACAGUCUUCGGAGUCUUGUUUAGCCUUGCAGUCGUGUUGAUUUCCUUAUUCCAUUUUGCUGCUUUUGCUUCCUCCUCAUCAACUUCUUUUGUGGCUGCAACUGCUGCUGCUAGAGAUGAAGUAGGAAAUGAAUGGAAGGAAACAGAAGCUCUUCUUAAAUGGAAAGCCAGUCUUGACAACCAAAGCCAAUCUCUCCUAUCUUCUUGGGGUGGUGGAGGCAACCCAUGCAAAUGGGUUGGAAUUGUCUGCGAUGAGUCGGGAAGUCUCACUGGUCUACACCUUUCGAGUUUUGGAUUAAUAGGUACGCUUUCCAACCUCAGUUUCUCAUCCUUCCCCAACAUCCUCACUAUUAAUCUAUCAAAAAACUCGCUUUAUGGAACUAUUCCUGACUUGAUUGGUAACCUUUCCAAACUCACCCAUCUUGAGUUGGCUAACAAUGCUCUUUCUGGAACUAUUACUUCAAGCGUUUGUAACCUUUCCAGACUCUCCUAUCUAGAUUUUUCUGGCAAUCAACUCUUUGGAAGUAUUCCACCAGAGAUAGGCUUGUUGACAAGUCUUCAAGUCUUUGCUUUAAACGAAAAUGAUCUCAAUGGUUCCAUACCUACUUCUAUAGGAAACUUGGGCAAUUUAUCCCGCCUUUACCUAUAUAACAACGCUCUAUCCGGUUCCAUACCUCAGGAAAUUGGAAUGAUGACAUCCCUCAUUGAACUUGAUUUGUCGAGUAGUUUUCUCACUGGUGCAAUCCCUGCUUCAAUAGGAAACUUGAGCAACUUACAAUAUCUUUACCUUUAUGACAAUCAUAUUUCUGGUUCCAUUCCUGAGGAAAUAGGAUUGCUUAGGCAUCUUAUUAUAGUUCAACUAUUAUUUAAUAAUCUCUCUGGAGAGAUCCCUGCUUCCAUAGGAAAGAUGACGAACUUGUCUCAGCUUAGCCUUUUCAACAACGAACUUUCUGGAACAAUUCCAACCUCUAUUGGAAAUAUGACCAACUUGUCUAUACUUAAUCUUUUAUCCAAUAAGCUUUCUGGAACAAUUCCAACCUCUAUCGGAAAUAUGACCAACUUGUCUAUACUUAAUCUUCCAGACAAUAAGCUUUCUGGAUCAAUUCCAACGUCUAUUGGAAAUAUGACCAACUUGUCUAUGCUUUAUCUUUUUGAUAAUAAGCUUUCUGGAUCAAUUCCAACCACUAUUGGAGAGAUGGCCAGCUUGUCUCGCCUCGAGCUUUUUAACAACGAGCUUUCUGGAUCAAUUCCAACCACAAUUGGAAAUUUGACCAAGCUCACCUCAUUAGUUUUGAUAAAUAACAACCUAAUUGGUUCCCUUCCACUUGAAAUAAACAAUCUCACCAAUAUCAAAAAUUUGCAACUAGCCGAUAACAAUUUUACCGGCCAUUUACCUCAACGUGUAUGCCAAGCUGGACCACUUGAAAAAUUUGGGGCCUCAAAUAACCAUUUUACAGGCACUAUCCCAAAAAGCUUGAAAAACUGCACUAGCCUAGUCAGAGUUAGGCUUGAUGAAAACCAACUAAUAGGAAAUAUAACUGAAGACUUUGGAAUUUACCCAAACUUGAACUAUAUUGAUUUGAGUGACAAUAACCUAUAUGGUGAGCUUUCAUCAAACUGGGGGCAGUGUCAUAAUUUGACUAGUCUGAAACUCUCCAACAAUAAGAUCUCUGGUAGUAUACCACCUGAGCUCAGUGAGGCAAGUCAACUACAUGAGCUUGACCUGUCAUCAAAUCAUCUAACAGGGAAGAUUCCAAAGGAAUUUGGGCGUUUGAAGUUAUUGCUCAAACUUCUAUUGAGCAAUAACCAACUUUCUGGUAACAUUGCUUUGGAAAUUGGAAUGUUAUCCCAUGUCAUAGUUUUGAACCUAGCAUUAAACAAUCUAAGUGGUUUGAUCCCUAAACAACUUGGAGAGUGCUCAGAAUUAGUGUUCCUCAAUUUGAGUAGAAAUACACUCAACGGAAGAAUUCCUUCUGAAAUAGGUGGAAUACAAUCUGUUCAAAGUCUUGAUCUUAGUUGGAAUAUGCUGAUAGGAGAGAUACCACAACAACUUGGAGUCUUGCCACGGUUAGAAACAUUGAAUCUCUCUCACAAUAAUCUCUUUGGUUCAAUCCCAUCCACUUUUGAUGAUAGUUCAAGUUUGACAUCUAUUGAUAUGUCUUACAAUGAGUUAGAAGGUCCUAUUCCCAAUAUUAAAGCCUUCCGCGAGGCUCCAUUUAAAGCAUUUCAAAAUAAUAAAGGCUUGUGCGGUAAUGCUACUAGUUUGAAGGCUUGCCCAAAAAUGAUUCAUAAUCCUUCAGGUAAAAGGCGCAACAAAUUUGUGAUAAUAAUUCUAAUUCCUGUUUUGGCUAGUCUAUUUCUAAUAUUUAUCAUUCUUGGAGCUACACAUAUUUGCCGCCAAAGAGUGAGCAAAACAAAAAACAAGCCAGGAGGCAUACAAAAUGAUGAUAUUUUUGCAAUAUGGAGCUAUGAUGGGAAAAUGGUGUAUGAAAACAUCAUUGAAGCUACAGAGGAUUUUGAUUCCAAAUAUUGCAUUGGUGUGGGAGGACAUGGAAGUGUUUACAAAGCUGAGUUGCCAACAAGUCAAGUUGUUGCUGUGAAGAAACUUCACCCACUACCCAAUGGCAAGACAUCAAAUCAAAAAACCUUCACAAGUGAGAUUCAUGCCUUAACAGAAAUAAGACAUCGUAACAUUGUGAAGCUAUACGGUUUUUGUUCACAUCCACGACACUCACUUUUGGUUUAUGAAUACUUGGAAGGAGGAAGCUUGAUACAGUUACUAAAUAGUGAAGAACAAGCAAAUGCAUUUGACUGGAUCAAGAGGGUCAGUGUUGUCAAAGAUGUGGCAAAUGCUUUAUCUUAUAUGCAUCAUGAUUGCUUGCUUCCUAUAAUUCAUCGAGAUAUAUCAAGCAAGAAUGUUUUGCUAGAUCUGGAAUGCGUGGCUCACAUCUCUGACUUUGGCACUGCUAGACUUUUGAAGCUUGAUUCAUCCAAUUGGACAUCACUUGCUGGCACCAUGGGGUAUAUGGCCCCAGAGCUUGCAUACACAAUGGAAAUUAGUGAGAAGUGCGAUGUGUAUAGCUUUGGAGUGUUGGCAUUAGAAAUAAUCAUGGGAAAGCAUCCAGGAGAUCUCAUCUCAUCUCUAUCAUCAUCAUCAGAGACAUUGACAUUCCAUAAUAUUCCAUUGAACGAUGUGUUGGACCAACGCCUUUCAUUCCCUACCAAUCAAGUUACAAGUGAUGUGCUCUCCAUUGCAAAGACUGCGAUUGCUUGCUUACAGACCAUUCCACAAUCUCGCCCAACAAUGAAACAAGUUUCUCAAGACUUAUCAACUCGGAAACCACGUUUGGCAAAGCCAUUACACAUGAUCACUUUAGGGGAAAUAGUGAUGUCAGAGGUUUGA